UUUACUUAUAAUGUCAAAUUCGACAAACAGUAAACAAAAAAAUCAAAAUUAAAUCUGUUUUUGUAACGUAUUUAAAAAUUCUUCAACAUGAAAAAUAGGAAUGUCUCUACUAUAAAAGAGGCUAAAGAAACUUUUCAAAGUCUACUUGAAUUGUCGAGGUUGUUAUGUACGGGAUUAGAACCAGAGACAUUGGCAAUUUGCGUGAGACUUUGUGAAUCUGGGGUUAAUCCUGAAUUACUUGCAAAGGUCAUUAAAGAACUCAAAAGUGAAAUCCAAUCAGCAACAGGAGAAACUAUGGACGAAACUUGAGAUAUCCAGUAAUUAUUGUAAAAUUGAUAACAUUAAAAAACCUUUAAUUUUAGUGUUUAACUGCUUGUUUGUUAUUUCAGUAUAUGGACUAAUAAAUUGUAAGUAAAAUUGUAAA